CUGAGGGCCGAGCCCAGCCGAGGGGGCCGUGGCGGCCGCUGCCUGCUGCCCGCCAGGGCCUGAUGGAAGACACAAAGGAGCUGAGUCUCCCCUCUUGUGUGAAACCCCCUGGGGAAGAGGCUAUCGACAAAACCAUUGGCAAACAGCAGAAACUGGCUUCAGACAAAAUGCUGUCAUACAUAGCAAAUGAAGAGACAGGAAAAACAUUUCUGUAAUUUUCCAGCUGAGAUUUUACUUAUAAUAAGAGUGGAAGGCACAUUUCCAGAUAGAGACAGAACAUACUUCACGAACAGAAAGGAAAAGACGUGAUUCAUUCGGGAUGUUUGACGGUUAUGAUAGUUGUAGUGAGGACACCAGCAGCAGCUCCAGUUCAGAUGAGAGUGAAGAAGAGGUUGCUCCUUUGCCAUCCAGUCUCCCAAUCAUAAAGAACAAUGGACAGGUCUAUACUUAUCCAGACGGAAAAUCUGGCAUGGCUACAUGCGAGAUGUGUGGAAUGGUUGGUGUCCGUGACGCUUUUUACUCUAAAACGAAACGCUUCUGCAGUGUAUCAUGUUCCAGAAGCUAUUCAUCAAACUCCAAGAAGGCCAGCAUUCUGGCCAGACUUCAGGUAGCGGGUAAACCUCCAACAAAAAAGGCUAAAGUUCUACAAAAACAACCAUUGGUGGCUAAAUUAGCAGCAUAUGCUCAGUACCAAGCAACUUUACAAAACCAGGCAAAGACUAAAGCAGCUGUCCCUGUGGAAGGUUUCAGCUGGGGUAACUACAUUAAUAGCAAUAGCUUUACAGCAGCUCCUGUCACCUGUUUUAAACAUGCACCUAUGGGAACAUGCUGGGGUGAUAUCUCAGAAGGAGUACGAGUGGAGGUUCCAAACACGGACUGCAGCCUACCUACCAAAGUCUUCUGGAUAGCUGGAAUUGUAAAAUUAGCAGGCUACAAUGCUCUGCUGAGAUAUGAAGGCUUUGAAAAUGAUUCAAGCCUUGACUUCUGGUGCAACGUUUGUGGGUCUGAUAUCCACCCGGUUGGUUGGUGUGCUACCAGUGGAAAGCCUCUAGUCCCUCCUCGAACCAUCCAACACAAAUACACAAACUGGAAAGCUUUUCUAGUGAAACGACUUACUGGUGCCAAAACACUUCCUCCUGACUUUUCUCAGAAGGUGUCUGAAAGUAUGCAGUAUCCGUUCAAAACUUCCAUGAGAGUAGAAGUUGUUGAUAAAACACACCUUUGUCGAACAAGGGUAGCGGUUGUAGAGAGUGUCAUUGGGGGACGGUUAAGAUUGGUAUAUGAAGAAAGCGAAGACAAAACCGAUGACUUCUGGUGCCAUAUGUACAGUCCACUCAUUCAUCACAUUGGUUGGUCUCGAAGUAUAGGACAUAGAUUCAAAAGAUCUGAUAUUACAAAGAAACAGGAUGCACAUUUUGAUGCACCCCCACAUUUAUUUAUGAAGGUAAAAGAGGUUGACACAGCUGGAGAAUGGUUUAAAGAAGGAAUGAAAUUGGAAGCUAUAGACCCCUUAAACCUUUCAGCAAUAUGUGUGGCAACUAUUAGAAAGGUUUUAGCAGAUGGCUAUCUUAUGAUUGGGAUUGAUGGCUCAGAAGCAGCAGAUGGGUCUGAUUGGUUUUGUUACCAUGCCACUUCCCCUUCUAUUUUCCCUGUUGGUUUCUGUGAAAUUAACAUGAUUGAACUAACUCCACCCAGAGGGUAUGCAAAACUCCCUUUCAAAUGGUUUGACUACCUCAGGGAAACUGACUCAAUAGCAGCACCUGUAAAGCUCUUCAAUAAGGAAGUUCCAAACCAUGGGUUUCAUGUUGGAAUGAAACUGGAGGCUGUUGAUCUGAUGGAACCUCGCCUGGUAUGUGUGGCCACAGUAACUCGCAUUAUCCAUCGUCUGUUGAGGAUACACUUUGAUGGGUGGGAAGAUGAAUAUGAUCAGUGGGUGGAUUGCGAGUCCCCAGACCUCUAUCCAGUGGGAUGGUGUCAGCUAACUGGAUAUCAACUACAGCCUCCAGCACCACAGUCAUCAAGAGAUAACCAGUCCAGUUCAUCAAAACAGAAGAAAAAAUCAAAAUCACAACAGUACAAAGGACAUAAGAAAAUGUCUUCAUUGCAGCUGAAGGAGGAGUUGCUAGAUGGAGAAGAAUAUAGCUUCCUUCAAGGAGCAUCAGAUCAGGAAAGCAAUGGAUCUGCCAGUUACUACAUUAAACAAGAACCAUAAGGCAGCUCAGAAAAGUGAGGGGCAGAGUAUUGGUGAUAGGAAAAGAGCCUUUCUCCAAGACUGACUGAUCUCGUUCCCACUUUGAUGGUACAGUUUGGAUGACUGUACCUGGGGCACUUUGCUAACUGUAGAUGAGUUAGACUCAGUUCAGAAUUUUUUGGAAGGGCGGGGAAACUAUUUUAGUGAAAAAAGAUUUUUCAAUUUAUUAAAAACAAGAAUGGACACUUUUUUGUGUUGUAUUUGAAGCUUUUGAAAGAAUUUUGUAAUAUUUUCAAGUUCAGAUUUAUUGUGCAUUGUUAACAAGAACUGAAAAUCUAAUUUUUUUGGUAAGAUUAAAGUUUAAUUAGCACGAUUGUGGGAAGCGGUUGGAGGAAGAUAUAGUUGCAAGUACAGAUGAACUGUCAUGACAAAUGAACCUUUUUGGUACAAGUUGGGAGACUUACAGACUCUUGCGAACUGCACUGGUCACGCCUCUGUUUUCUUAUGGUGAAAAUAAGGCAUUUAAGCUCUGAUUUAGAGGCAUAAAUUGUACAUGGAAGAUAGUCCUGUAAAGCUCUACUCAGUGAGUAGCCCCAGUUGCAAUGGAGCCAUCACGUGAAGGAGGUUUUUAACUUUUCAAGAUGUUUUUAUUUAGUUUUAAACGUUUUUUUUUUUAUAUAAGACGUUUUGUAAUUUUAAAAAGUUCCUUAGGGUCUGAAUCAGUGCCCAUUAAUAUCAGUAGCCUUGUCUUCAGUGACUGCAGUGGGCAUUGGAUUGGGACUAUAAAGCUCUUGUCUGUACGUCGAUGUGUGUAGUCUUGGAAUGCUCCAGCAACUGUUUACAGAGCCCUACGCCAAACUGGAACUUCAGAAAAUUCCCACAUUUGGAAGAUUAAGUUUAGUCUGAAUUUAGGCUAAAGAAACUUACUUAGUAACUCAGGCCUUCCCUUGGGAGUGGGAAGGAACUUCAGAGUAUUCUUCUGAUUAUUUUUUUUUCCAUUCAGAAAGACCUAGAUGUUUCCUUGCCAUCUUAAAUAUUUAUUUCUGAACAUUCAAAACCGAUGUUCCAUGUGAUUUCGGUUGAGCUAAAAUGAGCCAAGCAUUGCAAAUUUAAAAAAAAAAAAAGUUCACUCGUGCACAGCCUGCAGUGUUCCUUUCUUGCUGCAGCAGUGUAAUAUGGAAGUUGAGAUUUGAAAAGUAUAUAAAUAAUAUACAAUCUAGCAUAUAAUUCACAAACUGGAUUUGUUUAUUGCCUGGAAUCUUUGUGUCAAGUAUCCCGUUAACCCCACCUGUUUAACUGUCCAGCGGUUUUAAAGGCAAAUGUCAUGCAGAAGGGUGAAAAUGACUAAUAGUAAAAUACAAAGUACUUUUGCAUGAACUCUUAAUUAUUUGGAUUUUCUUUCCAUAUUUUUAAACUUUGUAUGUUUAUUUAGAUGGCUUCAUUUAUGGAGUUGAUUAGUAAAGUUAUUUAUCAGCCCUGCAGAGCUGUGACUGGAAAAAUGUGCAUCAAGAGCUUUAGCUUUUACCAGUAAGGUUCAUUAACUAAACUCUCAGGAAUUAAUUGCAUAUGUUCUAUAAGUGCUUCUGGGUCUUAGUAGGUCCCCUUCAGAGCAGUACAAUGAUCAUCUGACUCUUGACUAUAAGUUAGGGCUUAAAAAAAAAAACUUUUUUGUUCCUACAGCCUAAGAAAUGCUUUAAGGAUAUCAACCCACAGAGCCCCAGGAGACCAUUUUUUUGUAUAUUGUUGUUUGAAUUUAAAAAAAAAAAAAAUGUGCAUAGAAAGUUGAAAACCAGCAAUUUGAUUAUUUUCUAAAAUAUUGCUCUAACUUUGGGUACAUAGUAUUGGUAAUAUGCACAGGUUUACCUCAUUCUAUGCAAGAGGGGUUAAGUAUGUAAAGUUUUGUAUUUACUACUGGAAUUUUAAAAUGUCCCGUAUAGCGUAGGAAUGUCUGGAAUUUUCUUCUCCCUUACUAGUGAAAUUUCUUUAAUAAUGACCCCCUUUUAACGGCUUCUUACAUUAACAGAAUCUGGUUAUCAGACUAUUAAGUUUCUGUAACUUCAGGUGGUGAAGACACUUUUGCUCUCUAAAAUAGCCGCGGUGAAGGGACUUUAUCACGGUUGGUAGACUUCAAAUACGUUCUCUCAGAUUCUGACCCACAUGUGACAUUUCUUUUACACAGCCUGGAUUGGAGAAGUAGGAUUAGAGACCAUUGUUAAUGACACUUUGGUGAGCCUUGAUUUUUAUUUUCCUGUGCUCUCCAUUUAUUCUGCUGUAAAAUCCAGUUCUGCAAGCAUUGAUUUGGUUUGGUAAGUACAUCACUAUUCAUUUUAUUAUGAUUAUUAUUUUUAUUGUUUUAUUUUUUUAAUGUGACAACUUGCAAAUUGUCACAGCUGGAAUGAGGUUGGCACAAUCUUGCAUUCUUCUCUCAUUGAUAGCUUCUGAAUACAGUAGAAAAACUUGCAUUAAUUUGUGUUUCAUAAUGUGAAAAUUUGGGCUAUAAUGAGCAAGGUAUAUUGCAAAGCCAGGAAACCUGGAACCUUGGACUUCUGUAUAUUGCCCAGACUCAGAACUUGGUUUCCCAGUCUGACUUUUGAGCUAUAGUCUUCAAAUGUGAAGAGGCAAAAAUAGCACUUAACGUGAACACACUUCAUGUGUUGGAAGAAUAACAGAAUCAGAUUUGAAGUCUGUCAGUCUUUAUAAUGUUCUUUAAAAACAGGUAUACUUUUAAUUAAAACACUAAAGUACAGGAGUUGACUUGCAUUCUCAGAUACAGGUGACUUCACUAGGAGUUGCUUGUUGAGACUUACGGAUGAAAUCUCCUCUGUUUCUGAAUUCAGAAUAUACCCAUGUUGUUUGUCAAGUAUAGUGAAAUCUGUCCUAAGCAGACCAUGUAAGGAAUUAAUUGAAGUCAUUUGCUCAGGAUAGGCUUAAGGAAAGCCUGAGCAAAAUUCUACUGGGUAUUGAGAAUGGAUUCCCCAAAAAGUGGGUUACAGAUUGGCUGUGGUAUCCAUAGUACAGGCUUCACUGUAUUUGUAAAGCAUUCGUUAGUAACAUGGCUCUAGGUAUCUUUUAUUUUCACUUUAAGCCAUGUUACUUGGCUAACAGAAGAGCAGUGUUAGACAUCUGAAAUCUUCAAUGGGGUCAAACUUCACUAUUUGGCAUAGCAGAUUUUUUUUUUUAACCAUAAGGUAGCACAAGUUAUGCACCUUUGCAGCUGCCCUUCUGUUGCUCAAAAUCUUUCUGCUGAUCUGUUAUUUUAAAUACAACUCUUUAACCUUUUCCUUGCUGCAUCUGAGGAAAGCUAAAGCAGUUAUCAAUUCUUUGUUCUACGGAUACUAACACGGGUUUCAGUGUUUGUUUGUUUUUUAUGAUUGUUGUUUUAUGUGAUGUGAAUACCCUCUCCCGUCAAUAUUUGUACGAUGGUGCUAAUAUAUUUGGUAACAAUCCUUUAUUGGGAAGGGAUUUUAAAAAAACUGUGAUUUAAACUGAAUUUUUCUUCCUUUUAAUUUUCAUAUUUAAAAGAAAAAGCCACAGCCAUUUAUACAAAAGGUAUCAGCUCUGGCCCCUGGGAAAAUGUUGGGGCGGGAAUCAAGAUUAAACAGAUAGGGUUUUUACAUCAUUUCUGUAUGUAUUUGAUAUAUAAAUCAAUAUCUGUACAAAUUUAAUCUUUUAUUUUCUUGGUAAUUUGUGUGGUCGAUGAGAGAGUAUUUAAAACUUUCUCAUGCAAUGUACAUAACUAAGUGAAAAAAUGCUUUUGGAGAAAUUAAUGUUCCUUUCAUUUUUAUGAGACCGCAGAUUUUCAGCAUGGAUGUGAAAAGCAUUAAAAUUAUAACUUUGUGUACAAGAUGAAAAUAAUUCACUAAAUUUGCCUUUUUUUACACAAAAUAAAAAUGUUAAAAUCUCUUCCUGUAUUUUGUUUUCUUAAAAGGGGAAUGGGGUACUAGAUAAGCAUCUAAUACAGUGCAAGCUUAGUACUCGGCCUUGUAUUUCACAGCUGAUAGAAAUCUUGUCAUGGGAUAAUGUCACUCUUUUCAGUGUAGUUCCAUGCUCGAAGUAGCUCCCCCACCCCUUCCCUCUGCAAGUUGGCUUUGGACUGCAACUGAAGGUAUUUCAGUAGCCUGCAAAGCAACAUUGCAGUGAACAGUCACUGAAGUUUU